ACGUCAAAAAACGUCUCUCAAAAACGGCAGCAGAAUUCGGCAAGAAAGGCGAAAAAACACAAAAGUUAAAAAUUAUAGUGUAGUUAUAAUAUUUCCAGUGUUUUUUCUUUCAUAUUAGGUUACCCUUUCAACGUCAAUACCGCUAAAGCUAGUACGGCUCUAUAACCUAGUGUAUUUGUUAUGCCCUUCCUUGACCCGUUGCCGAAAUAUUAAAAAAUGUUAUCCAAACACAGGAUUUUAUCCAAAUUAAAGGCGAGAGCAAGUUUUCAUUAUAAUGUUUUCUCAACAAAAUCUCAGGUGGGAAAGAUAGACAUCCCAUUUUCAAAUGAAACUUCACUAAAGCUAUCAACCGGUCAAUAUGCUCGCUUCGCCGACGGUUCGUGUGUGGCUACGCUUGGGAACACCAGUGUGCUGGCAACAGUGGUGUCCCGAGCUAAGCAGAGCAGCAGUUCGUUCCUGCCGCUGGUUGUGGACUAUAGACAGAAAGCGGCCGCUGCUGGACGGAUACCUACUAACUUUUUAAGGAGAGAACUAGGUCCCACAGAACGCGAAAUCCUCACUUCCCGCCUAAUAGACCGCUCACUGCGGCCGCUCUUCCCACACAACUACUUCUACGACACACAAAUCGUCUGCAACAUGCUGGCGGUGGACGCUACCAAUCCUCCGGAGACAGUUGCCAUCAAUGCUGCUAGUGCUGCUUUGGCGUUGUCUGAUGUGCCGUGGAAUGGACCUAUUGGGGCUGUUAGACUAGGCCUAAUAGACAACGAGGUAAUAAUCAACCCGACCCGCAAGGAUCUACAGACGUCCCAACUCAACUUGGUAGUAGCCGCAACUGCACAGAACCUGGUCGUGAUGCUGGAGGGCAGCGCCAAUGAUAUCCUGCAGCAGGAUCUACUCAAAGCCAUCAAAAUAGGUACCAAAGAAUCAAUGCACAUAGUCCGCGGCAUAGAAAAACUACAGAAAGAGCACGGCAAGACGAAGAGAGAGUACGACACACAGGUACCGAUACCGCAGGACGUUAUCGACGCUGUCAAGACGCUCUCGACUAUGAAGAUACGGGAGAUUCUAAGUGACUUCUCUCACGACAAGACAUCCCGCGACAUAGCCAUAUCUGACCUUAGACAAACAGUAAUCGACCAGCUAAGAGAAGAAGGUGACCCAAGUCAGCUGCAGGAGUGUUUCAACAGUCAUCUCCGGCAGACAUUCAGAGACAUGAUCUUCGAGACGGACACAAGGUGUGAUGGCAGACGGUUGGAUGAACUCCGGAAGAUCAGUUGCCAGGUGGGUCUUUACGAGCCUCUUCACGGCAGCGCGGUAUUCCAGCGCGGGCAAACCCAAGUGCUAUGUACAGUGGCCUUCGACUCUCCGGAAAGCGCGCUUAAGAUGGACACACUCACUAUGCUUACUAGUGGUAUAAAAGAGAAAAGUUUUUUCCUUCACUACGAGUUUCCGUCGUACGCGACUGGUGAAGUGGGUCGUACUGGAGCCCCCGGGCGCCGCGAGGCCGGACACGGGGCGUUAGCGGAGCGCGGGCUGCUGCCCGUCGUGCCGCCGCAGCCCUACGCUGUGAGGCUUACUGCUGAAGUGUUGGAGUCCAAUGGUUCAAGCUCAAUGGCGUCAGUAUGCGGAGGAUCCCUCGCGCUGCUAGACGCGGGCGUGCCUCUGACGAGCCCCGCGGCCGGAGUCGCCAUAGGACUGGUGUCCCGCGCUGAUGACAAAUCACAUAUAGCCGACUACAGGAUACUGACGGACUUGUUAGGCAUAGAAGACUACAUGGGUGACAUGGACUUCAAAGUCGCAGGCACCAGUAAGGGCAUAACUGCACUGCAAGCCGACGUGAAGCUGCCCGGUCUGCCGCUCAAAAUUGUUAUGGAGUCAGUUCAGAGGGCCUGUGAUGCGAAGAGUUCUAUCAUUGGUAUCAUGAACCAGUGUAUUAGUCAGCCUAGGCAAGGGAGAAAGGAGAACAUGCCCGUUAUGGAAGAGUUGGAAGUGGAAGUGCACAAACGAGCGAAGCUGCUCGGUCUUGGCGGCGGCAACCUGAAGAAGCUUUACGUCGAAACCGGGGUGCAGAUUACCCCAAUAGAUGAAACAAAAUACAGCGUGUUCGCGCCAUCACAAGCAGCGAUGGACGAAGCCAGAGCCCGGAUAGAUUCGUGGCUCAGCGCAGAAAGGACGCCAGAAUUGGAGUUCGGCGCUAUUUAUAAGGCCAAGGUCGUCGAGGUCAAGGAUAUCGGGGUUCUGGUGACCUUGUACCCUGGAAUGUCACCGGCGUUGGUGCACAACUCGCAAUUGGAUCAUAGAAAGAUAAUGCACCCGUCCGUCCUGGGGCUGGACGUGGGGUCGGAGAUCCAGGUGAAGUACUUCGGCCGCGACCCCGUGUCGGGGCAGGCGCGACUCUCCAGGAAGGUGCUCACGUCGCCGCCGCCCGCCCGAGUCAGGAAACUCGACAAGAGCUAGUGGACUAGUGCAGUGGAGCAGAGAUCAACUGUGCAGUCAUUCGAAAGUGUGUGUGUAUCGGGAAGCGAGCGAGAACUGUAGGGAGUGCGGGCGGGGCCGGAUUAAGGAUAGGGCGAGUGGAGCGGCCGCUCUAGACGCCGAAUGGUGGUAAAGGGGCGACAAAAUCAUAAACGUGGGAUAAUCCAUAUAAGUAAAUCAAAAAUCA